GUUCCUAGAUAAUCAGAAUGGUUCAAGUGAUUCAAACAUGGACCAAGAAAGUAAUAUCCAACAUUACGAUCGAACCGGUACUCAUAUUUUUCCUCUUCGGGUAUGGCGUUAUCUUUGCUGGAUUGAAAAACUUUGAACUUGAAAAGGCAUGUGCAACCAAAUCGACCAAUGAUUUGAAGGUGUGCGGAAUUUUUCCUGAGUUGGAGGGUAGUGAUGUGUGCAAAAAACUGUUUGCUGAAAAUUCGACCCAACCGUCUCCGAUGGCGGAAGGCGUAAAUUAUACCGCUGAAGAAAUCGAACACUAUCGAAUGGUUUGUGCAGCGAAAGAUGAAGCAGUUGUUAAUUUGACAGUUUUGGACUCAUAUAGAAACGUUAUAACUGGAUUGAUAGAAGUCGUUAUAUUGCUGUUUGCCGGUAGCUGGAGUGAUCGGGUGGGACUGAGGAAGCCUUGCAUUUUAAUUCCGAUAGCGGCUGAUACUAUUAGUUUGCUGGCACUCAUUAUCUGCGCCAUCUUUAUGCGUGAAAUACCACUGGAAGUCACCGGAAUCCUGCACCAACUGAUCAGCGCGCUCGGAGGAGGAGGUCAUCUGAUUUUGACAGGAGUCUUCAGCUACCUUACGAUCGUUACCACAGAAUCACAGCGAACAUUUCGAUUUGCCUGUGCAUCCAUCGUUAUAUCUGUUAUUCCCAUAAUCGCAAGGUUUUUCAGCGGGCAUAUAUUCAAAGCCCUUGGUUUUCUAAAACUGUGCAUCCUUUGUACAACAACACAUUCAAUUGCAUUGCUCUAUGGAAUAUUCGUAUUGAAGGAGCCUGAUUCAGAUGCGAAAAACAAAACUGUCGCCAAUCAAAACGAGCCUAAUUCCUCUUCACCCACAAAGAAACUGUUUGACAUGACUCUUGCGACAGAUUGCAUCAACGUGAUAACGAAGAAGCGUGCCUUCAAUAUACGCAAAAUACUUAUGUUUACGUUCGUAGUAUAUUUCAUAAACUUUGGAGCGGCAGCAGAUACUAAUAUUGCCUUCAGUAUUGCUCAAUCUAAGUUUCACUGGGUCACAAAUCUUGGCAUAUGGGGUGCAUACGAUGCUCUGACUACUCAACUCGGCACAAUGCUCGCCAUUGGCGUUUUGGGGAAACGUUUCGGAGUUUCGGACUAUUUCAUCUGCGCAUUUUCAGUUUGUUUCACGUUGAUAGCAAAACCGAUCAUGGCUUAUGCGGUUAGUACUCUCAAAGACCACUUUUUCUAUGUAGCUACAUCGAUCGACAUCUUCGACGGAAGUAAAACGGUGGCUAUUCGUAGUAUCGUUUCAAAAUUGGUCGAACAAAACGAAAUUGGUAAAAUCAACUCUCUUCUGGGGGUGAUAGCAAGUGCACAGUCUAUUGUAUAUCCAACAAUAUACAGUGUAGUGUUUCUACAAAGCAGAGAUAUUUUCAUUGGCGCCGUAUUUAUGCUGGCCGAAGUCUUCCUUUUGGUUUCACUGGGAUUAUACAUAGUAUCAUCAUGUCCAGGAAGCUGAUCAGCAGAAGAAGCAAAAAUGAAAAAGAGGGAGUAGAUAAUGCUGCUAUGGAAGUGACCUCUAUGUGAAUAUGAAUAAAAGCGAUUCUGCAACUUA